GGAUGAUGGAUUUACUACACCUUAUUGACAUUUUAUGGCUUUUCUUGGGGGGGGGAAAUUAAAUACCUUCAGUGAGCUGAAAUGGUAAAACCUGCGAUGAUUAUUUAGUAUCCACUGGGUGAUGGAUUAACAUACACGUUUUAAAGAAUUCUGAUGGAGAUGUAAUUGAAAAAAAAAAAAAGAUUUUAACACAAGGAUAUGACCGGAAUUCCUUCCUUCUUACAGGUUGCCUGAAGGAAGUCACCGACCACUAACGAUGGAACACUAACGAGAGACAACGUCUGAGAUUACAUAACGAUCCCCACGAUACAGAAAUGGUGUGUGCUGAGAGAAACCCGGGCACCUCUGUGCCCAAAAAGGAGCCUCAAGUCCAUCGUAAACGCAAAUCCCGUCCUCAGGGCCUCCCGUCGCCGGCGCUAUGCUGCGCGUGUGGCCUGUGCAUCAUGCUAGCAGGUAUUAACAUCACUCUGGUGGGCGCCUUCGCCUUUACCACGCUAAUGCCCUCUGGUAACCCGCCUAUUAUCAUCGGACCCGCCCUUCUGCUGGUUGCCUUCACGUUCUUCGCCGCCUGUUGCGUGUGCAGCCGCAUGCCUCCUCCACACAGCUCACGUCGGGCCAAAUCAGGCAACGUGGGCUUCAUGCGGCACCACGGGGCAGCGUUCGAGAUUGAAACGAGCGAGCACACCAUUCAGGACACGACUGCAGUCCAGCUCAGUCCCACCAACUCGCCCAGUUUGUCUCACAGCUCGGAAUCUGAACGGGAUGCUAACGUGAACGCAAGCGCUAACAUUAAUGCUAAUGCUAACGCACCUCCUCCGGACUACUCGCUCUUCACUAUGGAUGCUAACGGGCCCAAUUCUGUCUCAGCAGCUUUUUCUACCACUACAGGAAGUGGAGAAACGGUCAGGCUCACGCUGCCGUCCAAUGCCACUUAGGGGAGACUCUACAUCCAUUCUGAAAUGUAAAUAAAAAUGAUUUAGGAGUGGCAAAAUGGAACUUGGGUGCCGUUAAUGUAGAUGUUUCAUCAUAAGAGCUGGAGGAAUAACAAACUUGACACUGCUUGGGAAAGUUGUUAAAUUUACUUUAUUUUUCAGCGGCACCCAGAAGAAUCCGCAAAUAUUUUUCGAUAUGUAAAUAAAACGUUUUGAGAAGGCAGUAGCAGUAGCACUUUUUUUGGCGCUUUCUUGCUGUCAGAGGAAUCAAUCAACCGUGGCAAGAAGGUUUCUAAGAGCAUCGAGAGAAUUUUGACUCCUUGAAAUGGAAGAAGGCUCAGAUCCAGCUAUGCUAAACAGACAAGCCAGCUUCUGCCGUCGGAUUCCAUCUAGAGACUCCAUGGACGUCCACUGAGAUGUAAAUAGAAUGCUGUUCAUCAUGAUUGUAUUAAGCGGUCCCUCUUUGGAAGCUAAUGCCAAAGUAAGUUCUAGCUUAAAUAUACCUUCUCCAGACUCUCUUGCUAAUCAGUGUAGCUUGACAUUGACUACUUUCAAGAAGCAGAAACGUGGUGGGAUCCACUUUAUGUCCUGAUCUCACCUCGGAGUUGGACGACCGUGCUGCAUUAGCGGAGACGAGUUAGCACCUUUUGAAAAAGGUCCUGCUUUUUGGGAAGCCGAUGCUCUAUAGAGAAACGUAUUAAGGGCUUUUGAGACUCCAAACUCCAAAUGGAUGGAUGUGUGUGAAUCACUGUGUCUUGUGUUUCACACUUUCGCACUCUGCCACUGUUACUCAGAUUAUUCACAGUUAUGGCGCUAACAAAGAGACAGAAUCUGCUGUCGCGCCAAGAUGUCUUUGCAGACGAAGCAGAGAAAUAUGGAGUGUGAUGUGAUGUGAUGUUACACAGACUGAAAGCAAAUACGGACCUUCUCACUUUCCAGGGACAAAUUUUGUUCUCGCAUUUCUAUUUAAAAAAAAAAAAGUGUUGUAUAGUGUCACACUGAUGCACUGCCAUUUUGUAAUGGGGGCGGGGUCAAACUCAUUAAGCUUUUUAAGUAUUGCAAAUGCGAUUAUUAAA